CUGAACCUUCUUCUCUGUAGUCUCUGAUUUGUCCCAUAACAACAGCAAUUCGUUUCUUAAGCAGCCUGCAGAAAAAUAUACAUUGAUAAUAAUUAGCACAACAUUUUAUAAUAUGGUGGUUUGAAUAGAUAGAAAAGGAAGGUAUGGUUGUUUAAAAUCUAGCUGUUAGAAUACAUCCAAAAAGCAAGACAUGGUUGUUUAAAAUCUAGCUGUUGGAAUACAUCCAAAAAGCAAGACACAGUUGUCUAAAAUUUAGCUGUUGGAAUACAUCCAAAAAGAAAGACAUGGCUGUUCAGAAUCUAGCUGUUGGAAACUAGCCGUUGCAAUGGAAGCAAAAGCAAGGCAUCAAUGUUACACAUAGCUAGCAGGAUGAACCAUAUAUAAAUAAGACAUGCACAUCACGAAGGCAGCAUUCCCCUUCCUUUCCUUCAACUUCUUACCAACAUAGCAACCCAUCUCCAAAAAAGAUGUCCACUGAGUCACAAGAUAAUUCUAGUCAUUCCGAUGAGUCCAUCACUAGUGAGAAGCUUGAUGAUAUGACAUGGGAAGAAAUUAAUGACCCUAUGGAAGCUCAGCUUGAAGCUCGGUUGGAAGCUCAACUUGAAGCGAGAUUGAUGGCUCACCUAGCUGGUAGCUCUAAUCAGCUGGGGGGCUACACAAGGAGGUACAUUAGUAGAGAUCAUGAAGAUGACCACAACAGAUUAUUUGCUAAAUAUUUUUCUGAGAGUCCAUUGUACACCGAUGAUCAGUUUCGGAGGAGAUUUCGCAUGAGAAGGCAUCUUUUUUUGCGCAUUGUACAAGCUCUUGGUGUUUGGUCUCCAUAUUUUCGUCUAAGGCGAGAUGCAUUUGGCAAGGUGGGUCUAUCACCAUUGCAAAAAUGCACCGCUGCCAUGCGAAUGUUGGCAUAUGGUACACCAGCUGAUCUUAUGGAUGAGACCUUUGGGGUUGCAGAAAGUACAGCAAUGGAGUGCAUGAUCAAUUUUGUUCAAGGUGUGCGGCAUUUAUUUGGUGAACAAUAUUUGCGCAGGCCUACCGUGGAGGAUAUUCAACGUUUACUUCAAUUUGGAGAGGCACAUGGAUUUCCUGGGAUGUUGGGGAGUAUUGAUUGCAUGCAUUGGGAAUGGCAAAGUUGUCCGGUUGCAUGGAAGGGCCAAUUCACACGUGGUGACUAUGGAGUACCCACUAUUAUGCUUGAAGCAGUUGCUUCUUUAGAUUUAUGGAUUUGGCAUGCUUUCUUUGGUGCUGCUGGUUCAAACAAUGAUAUUAAUGUAUUGGACCAGUCUCCAUUAUUCACUGAAAUGAUACAAGGAAGAGCACCUCCUGUUCAGUUUACCAUAAAUGGUACACAAUAUAACAUGGGAUACUAUUUAACUGAUAGAAUUUAUCCGGAGUGGGCUGCAUUUGCCAAAUCAAUCACCAGGCCCCGAAGUGCUAAGCACAAAUUAUAUGCCCAACGUCAAGAAUCAGCAAGAAAAGAUGUGGAAAGAGCCUUUGGGGUUUUGCAAAAACGUUGGGCCAUCAUACGUCACCCGGCGCGUAUUUGGGAAAGGGAAGAGCUUGCAGAUAUAAUGUAUGCCUGCAUUAUUUUGCACAACAUGAUAGUUGAGGAUGAGAGAGGCUCAUAUGAUAUACCGGAUGACAAUACAUAUGAACAAGGGCAGUAUUAUCCUCAAAUGACAGGGCUUGACCAUGGACCAAUAUAUGGAUUUCAAGAAGUUUUAGAGCAAAACAAGGCUAUCCAUGACCGACAAACACAUCGGCGUCUGAAGGGAGAUUUGAUAGAGCACGUGUGGCAGAAAUUUAGUGGUCAGCAACAAUAAGAUUAGAUUUUAAUAAUUCCAUAUCAACCUUGUAUUUUACUAGUUUAAUUUGUCUUUACCAAUUUAGAAUCUAAAUGUUUGCUUCCAAAAGUACUUGUAUUUGUAUGUCAAAUGUAUUACUUUUUAUCAGCUACGUAUUCCAAUAGGGACUAUGUACACUAGCUAGUUAUCUUGCAAUACCUACAAAAAUGGAUUGCCUUUUAUUUCUGAAGAACUAUAUAUAUGUUCUGUAUACAGCUAGUAGACUGAAGAAAAAAGGAGAGCAAAACUACCAACAGA